AUGUCCGGUCUUCUCAAGCUCGAUUGGUCCCACUGGAUUGGGCGUUUCUUCUCUGCUGUACGGAAUGCCGGAGCCGCUGUCCAAGACCUCCUUGAUGAGGCCGGUGCAUCCGUUGGCCAUGUCACCAAGCGCCGUGCCAAGCAGCUGAGGAUGGAGAUCUUGGACGCAGCUCGUACGGAGCUGAAGGCUCAGCUGCAGGAGCCAGAAUCCGCGGCUGGCAGCGUUUCCAGUGACAUCAAGUCCCAGACAACAAAGGACCUCGAAGUGGUGAUCACUGGGGUUGAGUCGCAGCUGGAAGUCCUGAUUUCAGACGCAGGUGCCGGCGACGCGGAUGCGGUGGAGUCCACGGGUGAGCUUGCCGAGCUGGACGAGCAGGGGAACCACCCAGCGGUGGUCCAGGUACAAGCCGUUUGUCAGGAGGUUGGAAGGGUGUUUAAGGCGGAAGAGGCACAGAACAAGUUUGAGCUCGUGAAGGCGAAGCUGGAGGAAGGUGACAAGUGGUUCAGUUGGCUCAACAGUGCCCGUCUUGAGCCGAGUCCACCGGCAUCUAGUGAAGCAUGGGAGGAGGUCGUUCGUUCUUGGUCUGUUUCCUUGGAGGCGAGAGUUGCCGUCGUCCAGGAGCAAGUGGCCAAGGCGGAGGCUUUGGCUCAGGAGGCGGCGUCGAGGUUUGAGACAGCCAAGAGACACCGAGACGCCAAGCAAAGAGCAAGGACUGAGAUGGAGACCAAAGCCCGCGCACAGCGUGAAACUCUGAAGCUCACGCGAGAAGAGUCUGCUUCGAACCAUCAGCGGGCUGCAGACAGAGCCAAAGUCCAGGUGAACAGUGGCAACAUCAACAUCCCGGAGCUCAAGGAGGUUCUGGCCCAGGGCAACACUGUUUGGGUGUAG